AUGUUAUACUGCUUUAAAAAGUUAUUUCAGCAAUGGCAUAUGCGCCUACACCAACAUUCAAUCUGCAGCAAAUUUUUGCUUCGGUGGAUAAAGAUAGCCUUCUUCUCCGCCAUAUUUUUUGAAUUAAUCCAAUGGGAGGGUAAUGCGUUCAUUGUUGUGGUCCCUUUUAACUUAUUCCUAGCUUACAGA